UUGGUGGUGGGGAGAAGAUGGCGGAAAAUUUGAAAGGUUGCAGUGUGGUGUGCAAAGUGUCCCUGAACCAGCUGCAGAUCCUGUGCCGCCAGGAGAGGGUCUUCUGCCAGCAGCUAGAAGUGUCCAAGAAAAACUUAAAUGACUUUGAAGUGGAGUACCUCUGCGAUUACAAGAAAAUUCAUGGGAAGGAGUUUUACCUGGUAAAGUGGAAGGGAUACUCAGAAUCGGAGAAUACUUGGGAGCCUCGCAGAAACCUAAGAUGUGUGAAGCUGCUAAAGCUGUUCUGGGCAGAUAUGGAUCAGGAGCUACGACGGCGUAAGAAGCGACGCAACGUGACGAAACUGGACAUUAGCUUAGCGUCUUACCUUGUCCAGAAGGCCAAGCAGCGACAGUUGUUGCAGUGCUGGGAGGAGCAGUUGAACACGAUGCGUGUCCACAAGGGUCGCAUCUUUGUGCAGAAUGAUGUAGACCUUGAUGGCCCACCCAAGGAUUUUACCUACAUCAACAACUACAAGGUGGGGGAUGGGAUUGUGCUGACUGAAGUAGCAGUGGGCUGUGAGUGCACCGACUGCUUAGGCAAUCCAGUGAAUGGGUGCUGUGCUGGGGCUUCCCUCCACCGCUUCGCCUACAAUGACCGGGGUCAGCUACGGCUGCGUGCUGGACAACCCAUUUAUGAGUGCAAUUCCCGCUGCUUUUGUGGCCCAGACUGCCCCAAUCGAGUAGUGCAGAGAGGUAUCCAGUACGACCUUUGCAUCUUUAAGACUGCUAAUGGGCGAGGAUGGGGAGUACGUACCAUGGAGCACAUUCGCAAGAAUUCUUUUGUUAUGGAGUACGUUGGGGAGAUUAUCACAACAGAGGAAGCAGAGAAGAGGGGGCGCAUCUAUGAUCGACAGGGUGCUACAUAUCUGUUUGACUUGGACUAUGUGGAAGAUGUGUACACAGUGGAUGCUGCUCACUAUGGGAACAUUUCACAUUUUGUCAACCACAGUUAUGUUAUAGUUAUCUUGUGCAGAGGACAGCUGUGCUCCAAUGAUAUUCUGAUUUGCAACCCCAAUCUUCAGGUAUACAAUGUAUUCAUCAACAACCUCGAUGAACGCCUCCCAAGGAUAGCUUUUUUCUCCACACGUCACAUCAAGGCUGGAGAAGAGCUCACCUUUGACUACAAAAUGCAGCUUGAUCCAGUUGAUGCAGAAAGCACAAGAAUGGACUCCAAUUUCAGUAUUGCUGGGCUUCCUGGGUCUCCCAAGAUACGGGUUAGAGUGGAGUGCAAGUGUGGAGUGGAGUCCUGUCGGAAGUACUUAUUUUAGCAUAGCAUGGAUGGAAGGGUAUGGAUUUUAAGCAUUGGGUGUCAUACUGUAAGUGGGGUGGGAACAUGAGUUCGGGUGUACAUUUUAAAGCUCUGUAGCAGGUCACAUAUGUUUGUUUUGUAUUAAUGUUUAUUUUUUUAAUGACACAUUUUAUAUAUUUUUAAGAAUUUAAGAACCUUUCCUAGAUUCUGUCUCUGUUCAACACCUCAGAUACACCAAGAUUAAAUUUUCUCAGAAAAUCAUCUUCAGCAUUUCUUGAUAAACUCAACUUUUUAAAGUUCUACUUUAUACCUGUAUUUCAUAUGUGGAGAUACUAAAUCCCAGGUAUGGAAACAAUCAGCUGUUUCAUUGCAUUCUUCGCUGGAUCACAGGAGAUCUAAGCAUUUAUAAACAUAGCAUAAGUCAUUGUGUGAUAAACUAGCAUUCAGCCUUUUGACCUUAACUGCAUUUUUAAAUCUAUAUAAUUUGUUUUUAGUUUUUCUCCAGGGGGGUUGUAGUAGUUGGAAAAUUUCCUGCUGCUAUCAAAGUCUGUAAUGUGAUGAAGAGGCUCUAUUUGUUUAAAUAGGUUUAUUGGUUCAGUUAAGGAAAAAGGCAGACAAA